UCCGCUCCUCAUACUCUCACACUUUACACUGGGAAACACCAACACAGGUACUGACAGCCUGAGCUCUGCAGCCAUGGAUGGUAAUCACAGUGUGCUGGCUGGAAGCACACAGCCGUCUGUGUCGGGAGACCAGACAGAGGGACACAUUUAUGAGGUUGCGGUGCAGAGCAACUCCACCAAUCACAGCUCCCAGUUUGCAGAUGUGGCCCUGCUGCAAAAGUUCAAGCCCCUCAUCAUCCCUUGUUAUGUGCUUGUGGUGGUGGUGGGUGUGUUUGGGAAUUACCUGCUCCUCUAUGUCAUCUGCCGAACCCGCAAGAUGCACAAUGUCACCAACUUCUUCAUCGGAAACCUGGCCUUCUCUGACAUGCUCAUGUGUGUGACUUGCGUCCCGUUCACUCUCGCGUACGCCUUCAACCCACAUGGAUGGGUUUUUGGCCGCUCAAUGUGCUAUCUGGUGUUCCUCAUCCAGCCAGUCACGGUCUAUGUUUCAGUCUUCACGCUCACUGCUAUUGCCGUGGACAGAUAUUAUGCAACAGUUCAUCCCUUGAAGAAGCGCACCUCUGUGGCCACCUGUGCGUCUGUUCUCACUGGCAUCUGGCUGCUGUCCUGUGGGCUGGUAGCUCCAGCAGUGACCCACACCUACCAUGUCGAGUUCAAAGAGGAAGGCUUCACCAUCUGCGAGGAGUUCUGGUUGGGACAAGAGAAAGAAAGACGUGCCUAUGCAUACAGCACUCUGCUGGUCACGUAUGUCCUGCCGUUAUCAGCCGUCUUUGUUUCUUACCUCUGCAUCACUGUCAAACUGAGGAACUGCGUUGCACCAGGCCACAGGACACGAGACCAGGCAGGUGCUCAACAAGCUCGGAAGAGAAAGAUCUUUCGUUUGGUUGCACUUCUGGUGUCUGCUUUCGCGGUGUGCUGGCUUCCUAUUCAUGUAUUCAAUGUGCUGCGUGACAUAGACAUACACCUCAUUAACAAGCGCUACUUUUUGCUCAUACAACUUCUGUGCCACCUGUGUGCCAUGAGCUCCUCUUGCUGUAAUCCUUUCCUCUAUGCAUGGCUACACGACCGCUUCCGCACUGAGUUACGGAAGAUGUUCAAGUGCCGCCAUCGCAUUGGAGUGCCUGCCAAUCACUGCGCUGCCAGCGUGGUCCUGUAGUCGCCUGCUGAGGAGGAUCCUUUGUUGUUAUUUUAGUGUAAGUUGCUAAUUUAAACUUUGGUGUGGCACCAAAUUAAUGGAGUUCAUCCUGUGGCUACAAGUAACGUCCAUAGAAACUUUUCUUGGCAAUCCAUUCAUUAUCAUGUUGUGUACAAAGAUGACCUAUUGGCCUCUUGAGGAGAGAUCAGUUUUCUGGGGUGUGUGAAGGGGUUCAGUCAAUUUCAAGGUAAUGUCCCGGAUGACGGAAGAAGAAAGUUUAGCCCUGAUGGGAGGAACCAAAGGAGGGUGAUGCAGUCAGUAGUGUUCAUCCUCCAUGGGCCAUAAAUAUCCACAUAUAUCGUCACAAUCAAGAUCUUGAUGUUGAUAUUUUGACCUAGGGUUGGUGCAAGGGGGGAAGCUCAUGCAAAGUCCAACCUGGUAAGGGUUCAUCCUCUGGGAAUCACAAGCAUGCUCAGUAAACUUCACGACAAUCUCCCUCUUGGAUUUUGAUAUUUCUUCUAUAUAAGUGGACAUAAGUCACAACUGUAGAUGAGUCAGUGUGCUACCAGUACCAUUAUGGGAUCAUGAAUAUCAGCAGCAGAUUUUAUGCCAUCAGUUUUUAGGAUACUUUGUCAUGGACCAUUGUAUAGGUUAUAGGAAACUUUCCAAUGACAGUGAUGUUGGAUGACGGGUCAAGGGGUGACAGAAAAUUAGAGGAGGAAUCAUCAAACAAAGGUCUAGAAGGGUUCAUUAUGUCUUUGGAUUCACCCUCUGGAAAGCAUCCUGUGGACAACACUAGUUGGGCUCAACUUUGGAGCAGGGGCCAAGAGUCUAAUAAAUAAAUGUUCACUAUAAAUUCUCUUUCUCACUCUCUUUGGUUAUUAAUGAAAUAAACCAAGCUGUGAGAGAACUGUGGUGAAGGAAAUGCUUGAAAUAUCUAAAUUGCUUUUCAGUAUUUGAUGUAAUAUAUUGUAUAUACUGUCUACUGUACAUCUAACCUUUAUGGAAUGACAAAAGCUUCCUUUAUUAUAUUUAUAAGGACAUACUGAUAACAAUUAAAAUGACCUUGUGAUAUAGAAGAGAUGAACACAGUGCGCAUGUAUGAUGAACAGAGUGUAGCUUUAUUGGAUAUCAGUUCAGAUUGUGUUUUUUUAAUGGUCACUGUGGAUGUGUUUUUUUCCACCAAGUCACUGAUGUCGGAUCUAAUGUUGGUGUGUUGUUCCUCCGUGGAGCCCAGUGGAAUAAAUUACAUUCAUGAACUUGCUCCCCUGGGCUCCAAAUUUCUUAAAGCCUGUAGCUGAUGAAUAUGCACCUUGCUGUAGUAAUUAUCAAAUUAUUCCUGAUGGCAUUGUAUAACAGCUGUAAAAAAGAAAAUGAAACCAUUGUGGUGUGGUGGUUGGUUAUAUGUUCUCUGCUUUCUUUCAUUUCUAUUGCUUCUUCAAGAUUUGUACAAAAUGUACAAGACUUAUUUAUAACAGCCACAGUGGCAACAGCCACAUCAUCUCUGUAUGUACAUGUGUCUUCUUGCUUCAGGCCAGUACAACAGAUUUAUCCUGACAGCUGUAAUAACACACAAAGUCACCGUCACUGCAGUGAUUAAAACUUCGCCUUUAUACUUGCUCUUGUCCUAUCAUCAUUUAUUCAGUGACUGAAGGGCUUUGGGUACAUAUGGCGUACUUAAAAUGACCACAGAACUGUUUGUAAAUGAUGUACAUGGUUUGUGGUGUUACAUGUAAAAAAAAGAAAUACUUUGAUGCGUAGCCUGUGCUAUCACACAUUGUGGAAAAUUGUGAA